AUGGGCGAGCGCAGCACUCGCUCGCGCCUCCAUGUGCGCGUUUCUGCGGCGGGAGGUCAGGAGCUCUAUGCAGCGAAGGUGCCGAGCGACUUUGCAGUCAGGGACUUGAAAGAAGAGCUCCUGCUGUUGCUUUGGAUCCCUCGCGAUCAGCAACACCUCACGCUCAAUGAUGGGCAAUGCGUCCAGGAAGACACCAUGAAGUUGAAGGAUUUGCACGCCAUGAAGCAGGAAGAGAUGGAGCUCUAUCGCAUGCUGAUCUCGGAGUCACCCAAGCCACCGCGGGCUUUCGAUUUGGAUUUCAUCCUCUUCGUCACGAGCGGCUUCUACUUGCUCCACUGGGAGGAGAAGCCCAAGUUCCGCGCCACGAAGUUGCCGCUCUCCUUCCCGCUGCUCGCACUGAACCAGCGGAUCUUUGUGGAAGAGGUCCUGGAAGCACCUCCAACGACGCCGCUCUACGUGGGCGACGAGAUCCGGGAAGUCAACCACCGUCCGGUGAGCAGCUUGAAGAAGGGGGAGUUCUUUCAGCUCUUCGACCAAGCGUUGUAUGGCGGGGUCUUCAAGUUGCACCGUGGAAGUCUCGACUGUUACUUCCAGAACCGCCGGUCACCUGAAGGAACAUCGGUUUCUGCGGAGCUCUCGGUCUUUUGCAUCAUCGCCAGCAUGUCCGACGAGGAGGUGUUGGCCCUCCGGGUCGCCGGCGGAACCACCGCAGGUGAGCUUAAGCAGCAGGUGGAGAGGCAGUUGCACGUCCCCACUUUUUGCCAGCAGCUCGUACACGAGCGUCGGGCGCUGGAGGACACCGCAGUCUUGACCAGCCAAGAGCCGAUUGGGCUUCGCUUGAUCCUGCUACGACUGGCACUUUUUACUCAAGAGGAAUUGGGCCAUGCCUUGGCCUCGGGGAUUCACGCUGAUUUGGGUUUGGCCUUUUGCGAUCCGGCCUUUCUACCACCAGGUCGGGUGGCUGUGGCCGCCGUGGCGCCGGCGGCGUGGCUGGAGAUCCUGCAGUUUCUAGGCGAAGAAGAUUUUGACGAUUUGGCAGAUGGUCAGGUCGUUGCAGUCCUCCCUCGAGAUGACUAUGAUGCGCUGGUGCGUUUGGGUCCGUUGAACUUCCUCUUCCAUUCUGCAGACGUGCACCGCAGCGAACCUCACAUACCGCAGGAGCUUGAGCAGCCACUGGACCCACCAGAUGUCACGACGGAUGAGCUGCCGACCACAUCCGUGGCUCCGCUGUCGACCGCUCGGCCGGAGCGGCCGUUCCGGCGGGCAGUGUCGCGCGUGGUGGAAGAUACCAGUUCUGCCAUCCAAAAGGAGGCAGAGGUGAUCCGAGAGACUGCGGAAGCCCAGAAGCAGCUCUUCGAGCGCCUCCGCCAGGGCGACGAAGCGCAGCAGGCUCUUGGUGGUCGAUGUGAACAUCUGGAGAAACGCCUCUCCGAGCAGGAGUCUCUUCACCGAGAGACUAAGGAGUUGGCCACUCGGGCCAUGGAUGCCGUCCCCAACUUGGAGGCGAUGAGCCUGGACCGCUUGGGCGAAUUGGAGCUCCAGCUACAGCGUUUGCAGCAAAGCCAUUUGCAGCGACAGGCCGACAGCCGAGCAGAGGUGGAGGGUUUGGAGGAACGAGUAGUGUCGGGCUUCGAGGGACAUCAACAUCUACAGGAGGCUUUGAAGGGCCUUCAAGAGCAGCAGGAGCAGCUGCAGCUCCGCUGCGGUGCGUUGGAAGCACAGCUGCUCGAGCUGCCCAAGGCCCAGGAGAAAGCGUUCUUGGAGAUGAGCCAACAGGACUCCCAAGUGGCCAAAGAUCUUCGAGGUCUCCAAGCACGCCUCGAAGCGACCGAAGGCCUUCUCUCUGGGGCCAGGAGCAAUGAGCAAAGCCUGCAGGAUCAGUUGAGCAGCUUAGAGCAGACGCUGGAGGACCGGCAGCGGAGCGUCGUGAGGGACCUGGAACAAUUGAAGACGGACUGCAGCAAGGAGUUUGCGUUUGCUCAGUCCACUUGGGCGAGAAUCAUUGAUUGGCAGGCUCAGGUGGAUGUCGCAACCUUGCAGCAGCAUGGCAAGCUUGAUCUCUCCAGGCAGGUGCUUCCAUGGCUGCGGGAGUCAGUAGCGCCUCACUGUCUCACAGGGUUCCUGAAGAAGUUGGCACGAAGCCAUGGCAGCGAGGAGGCGUGCCGCCUCUUGGGAGCCCUGCAGGAGCGUCGAUUGGAAACCAACGUCAUUCACUACUCAUGCGUGAUGUCCGCCUGCGAUGCUGAGAGAAAUUGGCCCUUGGCACUCCAAUUGCUUCAAGAGAUGAGUCAAGGAGAACUGCAAGCAGAUGUCCUGGUCUACAAUCAUGCUGCACAUGCAGUGAGCAGUUCCAGCUGGCAACUGUCCGUGGAGGUGUUGGAGCGCGCACUUCAGGCUAAUGCCUGUGAUGAAAAGACCUUUGGCAUUAUAUUGGCUGCAGCUCCGCGCAGUGAACAAUGGCUGGAACGGAUGGAACGAGAAAGGAUUUGGCCUAAUACCAUUUGCUACAAUGCGGCAAUAAGUUCGUGUUCCGAUUGGCCGACUGCUUUGCAGCUCUUCUCCUCCAUGCAGUCAAAGAAUGUGCAGCCAGAUUUGCGCACCUGCAACGGUCUUCUGUCGAAGGUGCCCAGUCGAACGGCGGUGAACUUCUUCGAGGAGAUGUUUGCCCUCACUGUGACGCCAGAUGAGAUCUCCUACAAUUCGGCCAUCCACAACUCCGAGUGGCAGACAGCCGUGAGUUUGCUGGCUGACAUGGACUCUCGCUCGCUUCGCUUGAAUUUGCUGGCAGCGAGUAGCGCUGUGAACGCCUGCACACGUGCCAGUGAAUGGUGGACAGCGCUGCAGUUGGCGAACGACAUCUUCUUGGGGGAGAAAGGCCUCCGGCGCCUCCGGCCCGACCGGAUCGCGAUCACCGCCUUGCUCAGCGCAUGUGACAAGGGUGGUCAAUGGGCCUUGGUUUUGGAGCUCCUUGAAGAUGGAGACUCCUUAGACACGACCAGCCUGAGCAUUGCAAUGAAUGCCUUGACACAUCACGGGCAGUGGCAGCGUGCAUGCAAUUUGUUUCACCAGGCGAAGGAUCUGGACCGUGACCUCCGCUCCUAUACUGCUUUGGUGCAUGCGUGCGGCGAGGGUGCCCAAUGGGAAUCUGCAUGUGGGUUACUUGAAGAGGUAUCAAUGCCAGAUACCGUGAUGUUUAAUGCUGUGAUUGCUGCCUGCAGCUGGGAUGUUGCAAUUGGACUGAUCCAGAAGAUGAAGGCAGUUGGGUGCAAGAUGAAUUGUUUGACCUUCGGAGCCCUGACCUCUUCCGCGGCUUCCUCAAAGCAGUGGACUGUGGCCUUGUCGACUCUAUUGGAGAUGCAUUCCAAAGGAAUCGAAGCUGAUUUCAUGUGGAAGAAGACGAUGGCGAGCUUUGACUCCUCAACCUGGCCAAAAGCUUUGAAGUUGUUGCCUUUGGCUGAAAGCUACGGCACGGAGGGCGUGCAAUGGCUCUCAUCCCAUGUCCAGGCUUUGGAGUCGGCGGGACGGAGGUUGCCUUGGGAAAAGGCCUUAGCCUUUCUGGAGGAGCCGGCGACUUGGGGGUCGUCGCUUCCUAGCUUGGAGGCCUUCAAUGCUGUGAUUCAUCUCUUCGAGAAGGCUGGCGCUUGGGACGCAGCGCUCCGAGCCUUCUCAACGAUGCAGGACUUCUCGGUGGAGCCCAAUCGAGUGAGUGUGAACAGUGUCAUCAGCGCCUGUGAGAAGUCGCGACGUUGGCGUUGGGCUCUGAAGCUCCUUCAAGAGCUGCUGGAGGAUGGCAAUGCUGAUGAGGUCUCCUACAAUGCGGCCAUCAGUGCAUUGGAAAAGUCUGGGCAGUGGCAGUACACCUUGCUUCUGUUGGAGCAAAUGCUGUCACCCGACCAAAACGAGGUGUUGCCUGACCAGGUCAGCUUCAAUGCUGCCAUUGGCGCAUGUGCCAAGGAGGAACACUGGGAAGGCGCACUCUCGCUUUUCGCUCUUAUGCAGAGCCGACAGAUUCAGGCGGAUGAGAUCACCUACAACUGCCUGGCUAGUGCCUGUGAAGCGGACCGAUGGCAGUUCUCCCUGUUUUUCUUGUUGAACUCGACGGGAGUGGAGCGAGUGGAGCGUGGCGAGCUGCCCACCCGGAUCUCUCAGGACGUGGCAUCCCAAGCCGCAGAGCUGCUGAAGCUCGUGGAUCCUGGAGACUUUCAACUCCAGGCCUUAGCAUCUACCCUUUGGUCGCUCCGUUCAGCUCCCUGGACCGUUGCGCUCCGCAGCGAGCUACGCCGGCGCCUGCGCAGCGGCCCGCUGCGCGGGGCGCGCCAGGCACAUGGGGAGCUGCGGCGCUUGGGGCUGAGGCACCUGGCCACCUUGGGACAAGUCUUGGCAGCAGAGCACGACACAAAGGCGGAGGAGUUGGAUCUGCUGCGGAAAGAAAUGGCAUGGCGGAUGGAGACCUUUCCCAUGGAGUCCAUGUCCGACGUGGCGCUCAAAGACUUGGCGACCGCCGCGCUGGCACUUCUCUACGCCACCGAGUGUGCUGUGUCCGGCGCCGUGUCCAGCGCCGUGUCCGGCGGACGGCUGCGGGUGGCCUUGAACGAGCUGCAGUGGCUGGAGGAGCACCACAACUCGGUGCGUGCGCCGCGGAUUUGCAACGGGGGUUGGGCGGCAGCCCUGAAGGAGUUGCUUGCAAGCCCAACACGUCUUCAUGUGACGCGCUUCCGGCUGCGCUUGAUGCUGCAGGGCUGCUUUCAGGUUCUGUCGGAUUCGGAGAUUCUCAGUUUGCCACAGAACUUGGAAUUGGUGCUCUUAGAACUUCUACCGCCCAAAGUCACGCACACCGAGCGGCUGAUCGGCGCCUGUAUGCAGAACCGCGUGCACCGGGUGGAGACGUUGCUGCAACUGCCUCAAGAUCCCAAUGACCAGGACGAGGAAGGACGAAGGCCCUUGCACUUUGCGGCAGCGGCGGGACACGUGCGCUGUGUGAACCUCCUUUUGGAGGCUAAGGCAUCUCAAGAGCCUGCCAGUGACAACUUGGGGCGUGCCUGCCCUUUGCACUUCGCUGCGGGCCAGGGACACUUGGAGGUGGUACGUGUCUUGCUAGCUGCAGGUGCUGAGAAGGACCAGGAGACAGACGGGGGAGCAACUCCCUUGCAUGUGGCAUGUGAAGAGGGCUAUGCAGAUGUGGUGCGGCAUUUGAUUGAGUGCGGUGCUGACAAGGACAAAGCAAGGAGCGACGAUGGUGCAACACCUUUGCUGUUGGCCUCACUGGAAGGUCAUUUGGAGGUGGUUCGCACCUUGCUGGAGGUGGACGUGGACAAGGAGAAGGCCACCAGCGACACGGGCACCACACCGUUACACGAGGCCGUGAGACACAACCGUCGCGAGGUCAUGCAGCUGUUGCUGGAACGUCGUGCUGAUGCUGACCGCAUGACGAUGCAACAUGGCCUAACACCUUUGCACAUUGCAGUGCAGGAAGGACAUCAUGAAGGCAUUGGUCUUCUGCUGGACUUUGGUGCGGAGAAAGACAAGCCUUGCAGGGAUGUGGGUGCUCCCCCUCUCCUCCAUGCUGUGGCUUUGAACCAGCUUCCGAUCGUUAAAGUCUUGCUGGAGAGAAGGGCCCAGAUAGACAAGUCCGCUGAAAACGUGGGUAUCGCGCCUUUGCAUGUCGCAGCUGAGCGUGGCUCUGUGCCCAUCACGCGUCUGUUGCUGGAGUUUGGUGCGGAUCGGGAUUCCAGUAGCGCAGCAGGUGAAGUGCCCUUGCACUUCGCUGCUUCGCAGGGACAUCUGGAGGUCUCACGGCUUUUGCUGGAAGCAGGUGCUCAGAAGGAGUCUGCCACCAGGGAGCUGGGGAUCACUCCACUCCAUCGAGCUGCUCAAGAAGGACACCUCGAGGUGGUACGUUUGCUGUUAAGCGCGGGAGCUGCCAAAGACAAAGCAAUUCUAUCAGAUGGUGCAACGCCCUUGCUUUUUGCAGCCAUCCGCGGGCACAUGGAGGUCUGUCGCCUGUUGCUUGGAGCCAACGCUCCCAUCGACCAAGCCACGAGCGAUCGUGGGUCCACCCCUUUGCACAUGGCAGCGCAGGAGGGACAUGUGGAACUGGUCAGGUUCUUGGUGGCUUCCGGUGCUGACAAAGAUCUGGCGCGGACCGACGAUGGUACGACACCUUUGCUCUUGGGCGUUUUACAGGGCCACUUGGAGGUGGCGCGCGUCUUGCUCGAGUUGGGUGUGGAGACGGACAAGGCCACGACAGAUGAUGGAACCACAGCUUUGCAUUUGGCUGUUCGGCAAUAUGAUCUGCACAUGGUCCAACUCUUAUUGGACUUCGGUGCCCGGCCAGAUGUGACUAAUGCGUUGGGCGAUCGGCCUCUUGAUGUGGCUCUACGGUAUGAGGAUCAGGACAUGGUGGAUCUGCUCAGCUCGUCCGUCCACCCGAAGCGACGCAAGUUGUGCCCACGCUCGACCGGCCGCUUGGGCCAGCUGCUGGACCAGCGUGCUGCCACCACUGCCCAACCCGCGCCAAUGCUCAGUGCGGCAUCCUCGCCCUCUUCUGCAGGGAUGCUGGGGGCGUUAGCACCACAGGUCCUAUGGCACGGCGGAAGCUGUUUGGUGCUUUGGAAGCCCCCGCACUGGCAGGUGGAUGAAAGAGAGCCCAAAGAGGAAGUGGAGAUCAUCCGUGAUGGCCGUGGCUUGAUGUCGCCCUUUCUGCAAGCGAUGUUGCCCAAGAGACGGCAUCCAGUAGUCUACGACCCCAUGCAUCAACGCGGCUUCCUACAUCGCCUGGAUGUGCCCAGCUCCGGGCUGAUCGUGGCCGCUGCGACCUACCAAUCCCUCCACGACCUCAAGUUUCAGCUCUCCACAGGAGCCUUGCAGCGCGAGUACCUGGUACUUUGCCAUGGCCAUGUCUCGUCUGAGCGGCACAGCAUCCAGAGCGAGAUCACUUGA